UAUGGCAAAGUAUUGCAAUGUUGUGCUCAUUCUUGCUCUAGCAGUGGUGGUUCAAGCUACUGCUAGGAACGUUCCUAACGAUGCUGCCGGCCUCAAUGACCAAAAGAACUUCCUCACGUACGGUGGUGUUGGCGGCUACUUCGGCAUUGGACCGAAUGGCAUGCCAAUUGGUGGUGUUGGGAGUGCUAGUGGCAUCACUGCCCUUGACGGUACAGGUCAGCUUGGCGGCUUAGCAGGCAUGGGAUUUGGAGGUGGUGUAGGAGGUGCCCUUGCUGGUAUUUCUAGUGAGCCUGGUGUCAUCCAUUUUCCUUGAACUUUACUAGGGGUUCAAGUUUCAAAGCUCCUAGUUUAACUUGUGUUAGAGUAAUAUUAUAUUUGCUCUUGAGUGCGUGGCACGGUUAAGGUUGUAGUAAUGUUUGUUGUGGUAUGUUAUGUCCUUUAUUUUCUUAUGUAAUGCCAU